GAUGGGCCGCUUCCAAGCUUCGGCAAGCCAUCUGCCGAGCAUCGACCAAAAUUCCGUUACUGGCUCCCUGAUGCUGAUGUCGAUCACAACAUCGUGCGUGAGGACAUGCGUGCCGCCAAGGAUAUCGGGGCUGGCGGGAUCGAGUUUCUUCCCUUCUAUAAUUAUGGCUACGGCACCCCGGCUCUGGGGCAUUAUGCCACCUACGCCUUCGGCAAGCCUGCUUUCGUCGAUGUCCUCACCACGGCUCUCGAGACAUGCAAGGCUGAAGGUCUCGUCAUGGAUGUUGCCCUUGGUGCCAGCCAGGGCCAAGGUGUGCCUGCCAAGCCCUUGACCACAGGUUUGGCUGUUCAGCUAGUCUAUGGCUCUUUGACGGUGGAAAGUGGCGAGGAGUUCUCCGGGGCAGUACCACCGCCCAACCUCAAUUGGAACGAGGACACGUCUUUUAUGCAGCCAGGCGAGCGGUUUGGCGGCAGCAAACUUAUCGGUGUUUCAGCUGGCGCCGUCAAGUCCACAAACCAAACCGCGUCGCAAACAUUCGUGGCAUUGGAUGAGAAGUCUCUGAUUGAUCUUACAGCAGAAGUCCAGAAUGGACAGCUCACGUGGCGGCCCCCAAUCGACGGCAACGCAUAUGUCAUAUUCGCAACCUACGAGCGGUAUACGAACCAAAGAGCUUGUGUUGGCAUCCCAACAGAUGUCAUUGCCAACGGCUCGUGGGUCACUGACAAGUUCAGCGCCGCUGGCGCCAAGCUAGUUACCGAGUUCUGGGAACAGAAUAUCCUGACUGUCGAGGUGCGCGAGCUCCUUCAGGCUGUUGGCCAGCACACAUGGGAGGACAGUAUGGAGAUCCAAGCUGCCCUCUACUGGUCCGAGAGCCUCCUCGAUCGCUUCAAGGCCAACAGAGGCUACGAUCCAGUCAAGUACCUGCCUCUCCUCUUCCACCCGUCGACUGCAUGGGGGAAUCAUGGAGCCCCUUACGACACGACGUACUAUCUGGAAGCCUCUGAAGAUACGGGCCAGAGCAAGUAUCUUCAGGACUACCGCGCCACUCUUGAUGAAGGCUAUGUGGAGUAUUUGGAGACACUCGCGACUUGGGCACAGAGUAUUGGCCUGUCGCACUCCUGUCAGGUGGCCUACAACAUCCCUGUUGAUAUGCUCGCGGCAAUUCCCGCAGUGGCUGGACCGGAACUUGAAUCUCUAGGCUUUCCCGAGGUCGACAUGAUGCUCCAGUUCGUCGGGGCGGCGCACAUCUCCCGGCAUAACAUCGUGUCGACAGAGAUAGGCGCGGUCCAGACAGGCGGCUAUAGUUUAACUGUCCCGGGCCUGCUCAGUCUCUUCCACGAUGCCUUCUCGAGCGGUGUCAACCUCAUGGUGGUCCACGGCAUGCCGUACGGUGGUGAAGAGGAGGGAUCGACCUGGCCCGGCUACACAACGUUCCAGUUCAUAUAUACCGAGAUGUGGAGCCCCAAGCAGCCAGCGUGGCAGUACAUGAAUGAACAGAUGGAAUACACGGCCAGGACCCAGCUUGCGCUGCAAGCUGGUAACCCCAAGACGGAUGUCGCCUUCUACCUGUACCAAGAUCCGUACAGGAUUACCGUGAAGCGAAAUGGUUCAGAUCUGCGCGCAGCUGGCCUGAGUUACGAGUACCUCUCACCGGCAAACAUCAUUAGCGAGAAUGCCAAGGUGACCGGUGGUGAGCUAGACGCUGCUGGCGCAGGGUACCGUGCUUUCGUGCUCGACCAGGAGGACUUCAUCACAGCAGAGGCGGCGGAGAAGCUGGUCGAGUUCGUUGAGGCAGGACUCCCCGUCGUGAUCGUGGGCGCACUCCCUAGCAAGUCAAUCGGCUCGAGCAGCCAGGAGGCCGUAACCAAGGCGAUUUCUAGGCUCACGCAAGCCGAUUAUCCCAAUCUCAAAAUCAUCGACUCGGUCGACACCCUUGUGCAAGCAUUGAACGCCCUUUCCGUCGUGCCGCGGGUACAGGUUUCUUCACAGACCACCGGAGCAACCCAGAACCUUUACCACCACCUCAGGUCCGACGGCGCCUCAGAUUUCCUAUACGUUCGGAACAAGGACAUCCCUGCCACCUUUGAUAUCAGCAUUGAAGCCAGCAAGGACAAAGUUCCUUAUAGGCUGGACGCGUGGACGGGUAAGCAGGAAGCUGUGGCAGUAUAUGAACACUUACAGGGCAGGAUCAGGCUCCAGGUGACACUUCAAAAGGACCAAUCUAGCCUUUUCGCUCUAGGACCGGCGCCCAAAAGGUCAGUGGCUCACGUCGUCUCGCACUCAAGCAAUGUCGCCAAGGCCUUUUACGAUGAUAAGGGCAGGCUUUUCAUCGCCGUCGACGAUGCUGAGGCGGCGACAGUGACAUUGUCGAGUGGAGAGACGCGUCAGAUCCCUGCGCUCAUCGGUGCUGAGAAUUCUACGCUGCUUGACAUCGAAGUGGGACCCUGGAACCUGACCGUAGAGUCCUGGGUUCCAAGCCUGGAUACCACAACCUUUAAAUCUGUUAAGGUCCCCAUCAAUCUCGGACUUCUAGAUGUGCUGAAGCCCUGGUCCGAGAUCCCCGCAGUCCAAAACGUGUCUGGGGUGGGCAUCUAUACGGCGGACUUCAACUCGCCCACACUUCCAGGCGGCGCAGCCGUAACCAUCAUCGACUUCGGCCCCGUGCUUCACACGCUACGUACGUGGGUUAACGGCAAGCAGCUGCCACCUAUAGACAGUUUCGGCGCACAGGUCGACAUCUCAGACUACCUCGUCCCUGCUGGGAAGCGCAACUCAAUCCGGGUCGAGGUGUCGUCAACACUGUUCAACGCCGUUAAGGCUCGCGUCAACUACAUCAAGGCGAAUGGGUUUGGCCCCAGCGUUCCAGAGUUUUACACCACGGCAGGCUGGCAGCCCCACGGCCUCGUUGGGCCAGUCACGAUUAAGACGUUCCGUAGGAUAUCUAUGUAGGAGGUUAAGCGAUGUAACGUGGACAUGGCCGCAACGUUCAUCAGUCAUAAACAUAGAUGAGCAAGUCGAUUGUGGACACUCCGUAGCCUCCCUAGCGAAAACUCCCCCAGAAAUAGUAUUUCUAGGCUCAGCUGUAAAGGUACAGCCACUUUGUAGUGGGAGAAGCCGCAGGAUCAAGACCUUAAAGCCGCCUUCUCCAUGGAAAUAUCAGGAGAUCUGUGGUUAUGUGUGCUUGCUGAUUCGCAGGGAGCAUUGAAGGGAGAGCCGUAGACGAAGAUAUAAGAU